UUUUGACGAGCCCCACCCACUUUUCAAUGUGCCAAUGUUUUUGCAAGAUGAAGAGAGCAAUUGUUAUUGUGGCUCUGUUUCUGGCCGGGUGUCACGCUCAGUACCAACCUAACUGGGACUCCAUAGAUAGCAGGCCUCUCCCUAGCUGGUACGACCAGGCAAAGUUUGGUAUCUUCAUGCAUUGGGGUGUCUACUCUGUUCCAAGCUAUGGAGGAGGACAGGACGGGGCUCAUGCUGCUGGAGAGUGGUUCUGGAACGACUGGAAGUCUAACCAGACUUGGGCAGUAAAUUUCAUGAAGAGGACACGUCUGCCUUCGUUCACCUAUCCCGAUUUUGCACCAGAGUUCAAGGCCGAGUUUUUCCAACCCGAUGACUGGGCCGACCUUUUCAAGGCCGCUGGGGCUCAGUAUGUGGUUCUGACCAGCAAACACCAUGAGGGAUGGACUAACUGGCCGUCAAAGACGUCCUGGAACUGGAACGCCAUGGACGAGGGACCACACAUGGAUUUAGUGGAUGCUCUGGCCAAGUCCAUUCGGAGCCGUACUGCGAUCCACUUUGGUCUCUACUUUUCUCUCUUUGAGUGGUUCAAUCCUCUCUACCUCAGCGACAAACAGAACAAGUUUGCCACCAGAGACUACGUUGAGGAGGUGUGCAGGCCUCAGUUGGAGGAGAUUGUGAACACGUACAUGCCUGAGGUGAUUUGGUCAGAUGGUGACUGGGAGGCACCCUACACCUACUGGAACAGCACUGGGUUCCUUGCAUGGCUGUACAACAACAGUCCUGUUAAAGACACUGUUGUAGUGAAUGAUCGAUGGGGCUCUGGAAUGGCCUGUCAUCAUGGCGGCUACUUUACAUGCUCUGACAGAUACAGCCCCGGUGUUCUUCAGAAGCACAAAUGGGAGAAUGCCAUGACAGUGGACAAGUACUCUUGGGGCCACAGACGAGAGGCUACUAUGGCCGAUAUGCUCUCUCCCUCAGAACUCAUUACACAGCUAGUCAUCACAGUCAGCUGCGGUGGCAACAUGUUAAUGAAUGUGGGUCCUACUCAUGAUGGAAGGAUAAUUCCUAUCUUUGAGGAGAGGUUGAUGCAAAUGGGGAGCUGGCUGAAGACAAAUGGAGAGGCCAUUUACAACACCACUCAUUGGGCCUACCAGAAUGACACAGUCAACUCUGACGUCUGGUACACUUAUCGACCAGACACUAAGGCUGUGUACGGUACUUUGCUAAAGUUCCCCAAUGACUACAAGAUGACUCUGGGUGCUGUCAAGACGUCCAGCUCCACCAAGAUUUCUCUUCUCGGUGCCGGGGAGGUCAAGUGGUCUACCAGUGGAGCUACUGUGGUCAUCACAUUCCCCUACCUCCCACUGAACACCCCUCUGCAGUGGGCAUGGAGCUUCAAGUUUGAGAACAUUUCUCCUACCUAGCUAUCAUGAGAACCGAGAACAGACCCUCUUGUAUACAAUACAUGUGCUUGUUUUUUGCAUUGUUGCCAUUGCCAUAAUUUUUGCGUGGGUGUUGUGUCGCCCACACAAUCCA